AUGAAGGGACCAACGGAAGCCACCAGCCGCACCCACGACAUGCUGCCUUCUAACCCUCCUGACACCUCCAACGAGCACACGGCGCUAUCAAUUAGCUAUUCAGAUACUUACUCCCAACAUCCAGAAGCCUACCCUGAUCACCAUAACGGUGUCAGCGAUGGCGAAAGCCAUAGAUUCAGCAGCAAGAAAAACAACACGUCUACAGUGAUUAACUCUAUUCCAAACCCAGAUGCGGAUCAUGCCGAUCGCUACUUGGUCAAUCGAGUCGAUCUCCCUCCCGUGAACCCUAGCGCGGGUAAAUUUCCCUACUGCCUGGUCUGGACGCCGCUGCCAGUGAUCGCGUGGCUCGUGCCGUUCAUCGGCCACCUAGGGAUUUGCCGGGAGGACGGCACCAUUUUGGACUUCGCAGGGUCGUACUUCGUCUGCGUGGACAAUUUCGCCUUCGGAGCUGCGUCGCGAUACCUCCAGUUAGACCCAGCUAAGGCAUGUCUGCCAUCCAACUUGUCAGGGCACAUCUGCAGCACACCCUUUUUCCAUGCUGACUAUGGCACGCAGUCACGGAGCCUCUCCUUCAGUCGGGUGGCUCGGCGCGCUGUUGUUCGUUCCCAAGCGACCGCCGAAGAAGCACCCAUAGCAUUUCAGAUCGGUGAAACGAGCCUCUCCAUUCCUUUCUCUGUGGAGAGAGCUAAGGCUCUCGACGCUGCCAUAUCCACCCUCCUGCAAACCUUCCGGGAGAAGGAGAAGGCCACCCGACCACAGAGAUGGACCACGAUGGAAUAUCGCCACGCUGGGGAUGUCAGUAACGGCGACGUUUUUAUCGAGGUAUUCUGCAACCCCAACGCAUACGCGAAUGCGUUUCAGGCUAAGGCGCUGAUUACAGUGAAGGAUGACCGAAUGAAGUUCACUUCGGAAGGUGCUUUGAGCGCCAUCAAGGCGAAUGUAGAUGAGUACUUGAUGCGGAAUGCUUGA